AUGCAAAGGUCCUCUCCUUCCUCCUCCAUCCCUUCUCCACCUGAGCACAACAUCCACUACUACAACUCCUCCCUCCUCGUCAAGGGUCCCCACCCUUCCUCCACCUCCCUCGAUCACGUCUUCCCCAACCCACGCACCAAGACCCUCGGCCCCGACGACCGUUCUUCCUCCGACUACUACAAUCACCGUCGCAUGCACUCCAACAACAACAACAAUAACAACAGCGAAGACGACGACGCGUCAUCCGUUGUUGUUGACCACCAUAAUAACAAUAAGAACGGCAGCCACUCUCGCAUAGAUAUCGCCAACUUGCUCUGCACCUCUGGUACAACUCCCUCUUCAAACGGACCCACCCGAAACACAACCACCAGCAACAACUCUCUCCCCCCUCCCCCUCCUCCACAUACCACAAACGUCAACUCAAACGUCCACGGUCAUCAUCACGACCCAAAGUCUCUUUCACAACAACAACAACAACAACAACAACAGGGUCUGCGUGCCAUCACCGAAGAGGCCGACGAUCACGAAGUCUCCCCUCACCACCGUUACCGCCAGCUUCCCUCUUACCCCGACUCGAGAAACGGCAACCAUACUAGCAACCACUACAAUAACAGCAACGGCAACGCCAAUACCAAUGGGUCAUAUUCAUCUACCUCGACCGGUCCCUCCCGCGAACCGUUGACCCAGCGCGUCGUUGCUGUCGAUGCCCCUGGUGCAGCCCCUUCCUCCGCAUCCUACUAUAGACCUCCCACCUCCUCCUCUACUUCCUCGUCUGCCUCUCACGUCGGAGCUCGCCCAGCCUCAUUUUCUGCCGGUUCCACAUCCUCUUCGUCAUCAUCCGGACCAUUGUAUUCGUCUGGUGGCUCAUCGUCUUCGUCGUCGUCGGCUGCUGUCUACACGUCGGCGCCCUCUCGCUCAAAGCUCCCCGGCCCGCAACAGAGGUCCGCCUCCUGGAACACAGACAGGUACCAAGAUUACGGCCAAGGCCAUUCGUCAACUACAUCGUAUGAGCAAGAGCAGCAGAGGCGUACAGAUCGCUCGAAGAGCGAUUAUGCGCUCCAUCAACAAAACUAUGGUCCAUAUCUGGAUUCGUCACCUCCCCUGAGCGCAGCGACCCUCCCCCGGUCCAAUGGCACAACCACCUCCUCUUCUUCAUCGUCGUUGAACUCUGCACCCCCUUCCUCCUCUAGUGUCAAGAUGCCCGCCUCAGGGGCUGAACCACCGGCUUCCUUGUAUUACCAGCAACCACAACAGCAACAGCAACAGCAAUCACAACCACAAGCACCUCCUUCACAACAAGCACAGCACCAACAGCAACACUCGCAACAACAACCUUCGGCCUCCACACCAGCAUUGUCCUCGUCCCCCUCUGCUUAUUACUCGAAUGUCCCAUCGAACGGGGGUCAUGGCACACCCAACAGUGUCCGCUCCCUAUCGGCGGUUUCAAUGGCUUCAUCGUCCUCUCGGUCCAUGCGGGACUAUCCUCAUGCACAAAGCUCAGACAACAGUGCAAACGAACAACUCAGACGGCCUACUCUUCCUCCGCCCUCUGCACUGUUGUCAGGAGCAGAUGUAAAGCCUGCACGGAUCUACGGACGGGACUCAACAGCAGAAGACCUUUGGACACCUCACCCUCGCCCCAGCAGAGUUGUCCCUAUCGACGCACCCAACGAGAAACGACCCUACUCUUUCGACAACUCUGCAAUGCUCCCUCCAGUCCUGCCACCACCGACAUCAUCAGCCCCGUCGUCAUCCUCGUCUUCAUCGCUACUUCCAUACUCAUCUGGUUACUCAAACGGCUCAAUGGAGCAAAAGCAAAGGCGGAUAUACGGAAUCGACGCUGCCGAUGUCCCAUCACGUUUCGCAGUACCUCCUGCUCUGCCAUCUUCAUAUGGAUCGAACGGACAUUACGCAAAGCGUCCCCAGGAUUCUUCCGAUGGAAUUGAAGGUGGUGAAUCUCGAAAGCGCGUGUUUGGACGUGACUCGGCGGAUACGUACCAGCAGCGGCCCUAUGGAUCGAACACGACUGCUCCUUCCUCAUCUGCACCUUCGUAUAGCAGCGCUCCCUCCUAUGGCUACAAUACACCACCGCCUCCUCAGCCCUCCGUAUCGCAAAGCCACCACUACUCCUCAUCGGACAUGGAUCGGUCCUCUAGAUAUGAGGAGUACAAGCAUCGUGGAUGGUCGAAUGGUCAGCCUCCAUCAUCAUCCUCGUCGUCAAUGGCACAUGGAGGACCUGCCUAUGGAUCUUCCGCCCCGACGUCGUCAUCUCGGGCCUAUCCCCGUGCUCAGUCGCCAGAUAUUAAGCCUCCGUCAUGGUACCAGGACUAUGCCAACAGCGUUCUUCCCAAACCUCAGACUCAGCCUGCAUACCAGCAACAGCGCUCGGAUUCAGGCUAUUAUGGAGGCAGCAAUCACCACUACCAGCAACAACAGCACCACCAUCAUUCGUCUUCGCAUGGCUAUGGAAAGUCGUCGUCCUUGGCUGAAAUCCACGAGAUGGAGGAGGACGAAGACGGCAACCUCCAUCGUUCGUCAAAGUCUUCCAAGCGGUCCAAGACAGGAAUGGGAUCGUCACCUUCGGUUCACCCCUUCGACAAUGCGGACCCCAACUCGACAUCGUCCUCGUCGUCGAAAUCCAAGAAGCCCAAGCGGAUCAAGAAUGCAGCUGGACAGGAGGACAUGAUUGUGAUGGACGACGAGUUCUAUGCAGUCAAGGCGAAGCGUAAGAGAGCGAAUGCUAGUCAGCUCUCUGUCCUGAACGCGGCGUUUGAGCGGUCGUAUUUCCCUUCGACCGAGGAGCGACUCCGGUUGUCGAAGCAGUGCCGUAUGUGUCCCCGAACUGUCCAGAUUUGGUUCCAGAACAAGCGUCAGAGUGUCAAGGCCCGUUCUGAGGCCAUGGAGGCUGCCGUCAAUGGAACUGCUAUCACGGAUGAGUUGCUUGAGUCGAGGCUGCAGAUGCUGGAGGAGGAAAGCAACGGUAGCGCUGGUGAUGGACAGAAGCGAUCGACGGGCGAUAUGAUUGAGGAGGAUUUCGAAGGCGACGAGGAGAGUGGUCCUGGCGAACUCGCCGAUCCCUCGGCCCACCGUCGUCACCACCACAGCAGCGGUAGUGCUAGCGGCAGCAGCGGCAGCAGCAGCAGCAAGCCGAGACGUUCUUCUGGUAACCCUGCUGGCGUUAGUAGCAACGGCAACGGACACUUGACGCCCUCGGAUGCGGUGAUGUCGGCUCUUCAUAUCCAGUUGGAUGGUCGCAGUGUCGAUUAUUUCUCGCGGAAGCGUCGUGCGACGAUUGCCAAGAUGGAGCGGAACGAGCAGCAGAAGAAGGAGAAGGAGGAACUGCAGCGGAAGCGUGAGCAGGAGCAGCAGUUGAUCAUUCAGCAGUACCAGAAGCACCAGCAGGAGCAGCUUCAGCAGCAGCGUCUCCAACAGCAGCAACAGCAGGAAGGUCAGACUGUUGGGCACAACUGA